AUGGAGCAUGUGAUAUGUUUUCUAAAGGGAUUGAAUGACUCUUACAACACUGUUAGAACACAGAUUCUUUUAAUGGAUCCCCUUUCAAACAUCAAUCGGGUUUUCUCUCUUAUUAUGCAACAAGAGAGACAGGAGAAGCAUGGCUCAGCUGAUGCUAAAGUUUUGGCCAGUGCUGCUGACAGAAACAAUCAGUGGAAAGGCCAAGGACGGGGCUCUGGGUUCCGUGGUCAAGGAAGAGGAAGAGGUAGAAAUCCUAACUAUGGCAAACAAUGUUCCUAUUGCAACAAGAUGAACCACACAAUUGAUGAGUGCUACUCUAAGCAUGGGUAUCCACCUUGGUACAAGAAAGGAGAGGGCAGUCAAGACAGAAAGAAUGAAUGGAGUUCUACCAAUGCUUGCCAGAACACCAUUGAACUAGAUGGGAUUCAGAGAACACAACCUACAAAUAACAGCAAUAUUUUUAACUCUAUCACUGCAGAACAGAUGCAGAAGCUUCUCCGAAUGAUAGACAAAGAUGAUGAGCCAACUCACAAAGUCAAUCAAGUUCAAAGUCUUAUUAAAGACUUGAAUUGCAGUCUGACUUUCUCCUCUAAGACUUGCCAGAUAAAGGAGAACCAUACAUUGAAGAUGAUUGGAUAUGCUAACUGUUGGAGAGGGCUCUAUUAUCUGUAG